CCCUAAACUGUUCUUCUGGCUUACAUACAUACAAGCAGACGAAACCAUCAUCAUUCACUCAUACUCGAUCAAUCUCUCUUCUUUUCCACAACAAUUCUUUUGUUAAUUUUUGCAUUUGUAUAGUAAUCAUCAUGGAAGAGAUGUACGGCUUCAAUUCCAUGUCCGAUUAUACUAUUUCACCGGAGACAAACCUAAUAUCAUCGUCUGAGUACCACGGCGUUACCUCCACCUCCGUUGAUCAUUACCGGACGUUUUACGGAUCGGAUAAUCUAUUAUCGGCGGCUGCUUCCGUCAUAUCUGAAGCUGUUUCCCUGGCAGCCACUCCUCAUCAGAUUCUUCUUCCCAGAACUCGAAGCAGCCGACAACGUGAUCAGAAUAAAAACGAUAGUGAUCAUCAUCAUGUUGAUGUCUGUGAUGAUAUAAUCAAAGCAAAAAUCGCUUCUCAUCCUUUGUAUCCUAAGUUGCUUGAUGCUUUUAUCGAUUGUCAAAAGUUAGGUGCUCCUCCGGAAAUAGCAUCUUUGUUAGACGAAAUCCGUAGAGAAAAUGACGUUCGUUUGCGGAACGCCGCCUCAUCUACUUGCUUAGUAGCAGAUCCUGAGCUCGAUGAGUUCAUGGAAACGUACUGCCAGGUGUUAGUGAAGUAUAAGUCCGAUCUCGCAAGGCCUUUUGAUGAAGCUACUGUUUUCCUCAACAACAUUGAAACGCAACUGAGCAAUCUCUGUAAAGAUGAUGGAACCGUAUCAUCGGAAGAAGAAUUUAGUGGAGGAGAGACGGAAAACACCCAAGUGAGCCGAGAAGAGCAAGAACUGAAAGAUACAUUAUUGCGGAAAUUUGGUGGCCAUAUAAGUUCCCUUAGACAUGAGUUUUCUAAGAAGAAGAAGAAAGGAAAGCUCCCAAAUGAAGCAAGGCAAACUUUGCUUGAAUGGUGGGAUUCCCAUUACAAAUGGCCUUACCCUACGGAAGCUGAUAAAAUAGCGUUGGCGGAGUCAACGGGAUUAGAUCAGAAGCAAAUCAACAACUGGUUUAUAAAUCAAAGGAAGAGGCACUGGAAGCCAUCUGAAAACAUGCAGUUAGCAAUUAUGGGUAGUUUUUCUGGUAAUCAGGAUUUUUAUGAUGAUUGAAAUUCUUCACAGAAACUGUAUUUACGUGAC